CACUUCCAAUGGGCGGGGACGGUGAUAACAGCUUAGUUCCCACGCUGUCAAAACUUCACCUGCAUUAUAUCUCACGUUCUUCAUGGAACCUCACGCUCACAUGCGCCGAAGGGUACUGUGGCCGAUGUCAGCGGAACGUGGCGUAUCUCUGAUGCCAUGCAUGUGUGUGGAGAGUGUGUGAGUGUGUGUAAGUGUGUGUUGCCAACAAGAACACCUCCGGACAACACCUCUUUGACGUCACCAUCCAUCCGGAAUUCUUUCGCCGUUGCCGGUGAUCGCCGCCAGGUGGCAUUGCGUACACUUAUCAAGCAUCAUGGCUGGUUGUGGUUUUGUAUCGCGUCUGUUCAGCAUUUUUAUUUAAUUGCCACUUUUCUGGAUUUUAUCAUAAAACGAACGGAGAAACAUGUUCUCUAAAAAGAAGAAGAAACCUAUUAUUUCACCUCCUACAAACUUUGAACAUCGUGUGCACACUGGGUUUGACAAGCGAGAAGGCCGUUUCGUUGGUCUUCCUCUUCAAUGGGCAAGCAUUGUAGGCAACAACCAGAUUCUCAAGAGUACCAACAGACCUCUGCCUCUUGUUGAUCCUUCAGAAAUCACACCUACAGAGAUAUUGGAUCUCAAGACCAUUGUGCGAGGUGACCCUAGGCUCAAUGGUAUCCCCAAGACCUCCAAUGUUGCACGAUCCAACUCGCUUCGUUCCUCCAGCCCCCCUCGGUUGCGGAGGGACUACCGCUCCAACGCCAAUGUCCCUCCCUCCGUUCCAGAGGGAGAGGUCCUGCCAGGCCCGCCGGCGCAGUACUCUGCGGGUGGGAGACGGGACCACCGAGACCCAGCCUACAUGAAAGCUGUACAUGGCCCCACGAACGAAUGGGGACCAGGCCAUGAGCCCUUGCGCUCUCCUGUCAACCAGCCAGGACCCGAGGUCUCAGAGUACAGGGGACCUCCUCCUUUCGCUCAGCACCAUGUUGUCAACGGGAAUCCCCCUACUCAGCCUCCCCAUGUGUCCAGUCCUCCGGCAUCUGAAGGCCCUGGUCCGUACACGUCAGGCUACCCUUCUGUGGGACCAACACGCAUGCAGCAUUCGCCUGUUGGUUCUGUUGGCAGCCCUGCUGGUGUGAGUCCUCAAACAGCACAACCUCAGCGACCACUCUCGCAAAUGGGGCCACACCCAGUACACAUGAACAAGCAGCCACCUCCAGGUCCGGGAGACCAUGGACCCAGUCAACGCCCUCCAGCAGCUCAUCCUUCCCCAGACCAGAACCAGAACGUGAAAUCCACACCCAUGCCACCUGGGCAGCCGUCGCCAGCCUCUAGUAACGCUGUGGUUUCCAGUAAGCAGCACCAUGAGCAGCAGCGACUCACCCAUGAGCAGUUCCGAGCUGCCCUCCAGAUGGUUGUAAGCCCUGGUGAUCCUCGUGAGAACUUGGAACAGUUCAUGAAGAUUGGUGAGGGCUCCACGGGGACCGUAUGCAUUGCGGUGGAUCGAUCCUCUGGCCGGCAAGUGGCUGUUGUGAUAAUGAGAGAUUACCACCAUCCAAACAUUGUGGAGAUGUACGACAGCUUCCUUGUUCAAGAUGAGCUCUGGGUGGUGAUGGAAUUCCUUGAAGGAGGAGCAUUAACUGACAUUGUGACACAUGCUCGCAUGGAUGAAGAGCAGAUCGCAACUGUGUGCAAGCAGUGUCUCAAAGCGCUCGCAUACUUACACUCCCAAGGUGUCAUUCACAGAGACAUCAAGAGUGACUCCAUUCUCCUAGCAGCUGAUGGCAGGGUGAAACUGUCGGACUUUGGUUUCUGUGCACAAGUGUCCCAGGAGUUGCCAAAACGAAAAUCCUUAGUUGGCACACCAUAUUGGAUGUCACCUGAAGUUAUCUCUCGCCUACCAUAUGGUCCUGAAGUAGACAUCUGGUCAUUGGGGAUUAUGGUAUCACCUCGCCUGCAAGGUUUUCUGGAGCGCAUGCUUGUUCGUGAUCCAGCUCAGCGUGCGACAGCAGCUGAGCUUCUACAGCACCCUUUCCUGCGUCAAGCCAGCGCUCCUGCACUGCUAGUUCCAUUAAUGAGGGGCUCGCGCCACAGCAACUGCUGAGGAUGUUCCAAGUGACGUAUUCAUACAUGUAAUUGCUGUUUACAUAACUUGUCUCUUGUUAAUUUUUAUGUUGUGGUCGUACUGUUAUUGUUAUGUUUUGUUGUAUUUGAGGAGCGAAAGGGGUUGCAUGUGUAUUAGAGAAUCAUUCUUUGCACCCCAUCCAUUCUAAGAAUUGACUGAUGAUAGUAGGUGAUGAAUGCUCUUUGUUUAAAAAUACAUAUGCAGAGUUCCUAGAUUUCAAAUCUGAAGAUUUAAAAUGUCAUUGAGUUGCCGCGCUGGCAUGUUCUCAACUGUCCUAUUCAUUCUUCUUUUGCGGGCUCUUUGGUUUUCACAGAAAACCUCAGUGCUAUUAAGCACGGAUGUAUUUGGAUGUGCAAGAAAAAAAACAUUUCAAGAUGAUGUUAAUUCAGAUUUUGAUUGUACAGUUAAGUUUGUGGUGUGUAGCUUAUACCUUCAAAGAUGUGAAGCAAAUAAAUUGACAUUCUCUUUUGUGUGAAUGAAUUAUUCACAUUCCAGAUUUUAAAACCAGGUGCUCUGUGUGUGUCUUGACUCCAGUGCUUACAUGCUGCAGGGAUUUGCUGUUUGCCAGCCAGCUUAAUGUGGCAUUUAUAUGAAAUAAUGCAUUUCUUAAAUAUUUGUUUUAAAGUUUUUAAAGGUGAAUAACAUUGUGAGCAUUUACUGUAAAAGUGCAACUAGAUUGUUGCAUAGGCAGCCUGAUGUCUAGUGAUAAUGUAUGAGCCUUGGAAUUGGAAGCUCAAAGCUAAUGAGCUUCGCAAAGCAUCUCAUUUUUUCUAUGGAACAGCUUUUGUUGUUUGGUUUUACAAAUCACUGCUGUUUGAAUGUAAAUCAUUCAUUGUUUGCUUUUUUCUGGUGUUGUACUUGUUUCUUUCAUGGCAAAUUUAAAGUUGGAAAUUCAGUGUUUGCUUGAUAAACUAAAUUCUACUGUUUUGAUUUGGUUGACUGGUCAAUUUCAUUUCAUUAAUGCAUGUUCUGGUUAUUCUUCAUUCAUAGGACCAAUACCUGGCAACCUGUGUGUUACUUGCUGGAUAUAAUAUGUGCCAAUAGAACUCCCGAUUUGGGGAAUAUCAGCUUCAUAAUUUUCUAUAAUAUAUUUCCUCAUUCUUAUGUUACUUAGAGAAAUAAUUGUACAUAAUUACAUGAAAAUAUCUGAUGAGUCUGUGUUUGUAAAAUAGUUAUUGAAGGUGUUCUAUAGGACAAUGAGAUGGCAUAUUUUUUUAAGUAUUCAAAUAGGGAUUGUUUCUUAUUGUGGCCAUAAAUGACACUUUGGCACCUAAGCCCAAGAUCAGGUCAGGUCCGGGCUCUUUCAAAGCUGCCCACGAGAACUCUGCAAAGAAUAUAGAUAUUACUGUUUUAUAUUAUUGGUUUGCAAAUAUUUUGAAAGGCAAUCCAAUGCUUUAAAACAUUCCCAUUCACAGGUAAAUGUUGGUGUACCAAUUUUGUCUGUUAACCUCAAAUUCACACCUAUCCCCUAGGUGUGUUUCUUGCCCUAGCCCUAAAUGAAUCUGUGAAUGUUCAGCAGUUCAUUAUAAAUUAUUAAGUGCCCAAAUAUUUCAUGUGUGCAGCAAAUGUAUUUACAUGUUUUCUGUAAAUAUUUUCUAUUUAUUUGUACAAAACUUGUAGAAACUAGAACUUAAAAAUAUUUUCAUGUUUAUAUUUUGCAAUCAUUGUGAAAAGAUAUUUCUCUGAUAGUGUAUCAGUAUUUUGCUAUGUACUUAUAUUCAGAAUAGAAUGUGAAAUCAGAUGCAAGUGUUCACUACCAAUAGGCAUUCUUCUGGAUCUGACGGGAUCUUGAAAGGCAUUGUCAAAGUGUUGAGCGCAGGUCAGGGCCCAGCCUUCUGUGCUUGUUAAUAAUCACAAAAUGUGCUAAAUAUAUAUAAAUAUUUAAAAUAGAUCAUGCAGUGUGUAUGCAAUGCAAAUGUGUGUAUAAUGUGUCAGAUAUUGUGCAUGUGUGUGUGUGUGUGUGUGUAUAUGUCUGUGUGUGUGACACA